AUGUGUAUAUCAUAUACACAUCUUAUACAUGAUGUACCAACAAAUGUACCAAUGCUUUAUACGGGAAGAUUUAUCAGUGGUAUUGGUACUGGAAUGGCUAAUGCACUUUAUCUAUACACAGCAGCACCACAUCAACGAGCAUGGUUAGCAAGUUCUGGACCAAUUUUAGUAUCACUUGGUGUAUUGGGUAGUUAUGUUCUUGGUACCAGUUGGCACAAGCUUGUAGCACAAGCUAGACACAAGCAUGUGAGCCUUGUGCACAAGCUUGUGCCAGGCCUGGCACAAUCGUUUACUCCUACCUGGGGUGCAUUAACAACUUGGCAAUGUACUGCUGCAAUAAGUAUUAUUCCAUCAAUAUUAUCUCUGGCUCUAGUCAAAUUUUUACCAGAGAGUCUAGCUUGGCUUGCACGUCAUGGUCAUUCAAAUGAAGCUAAAAAAUCACUUCUUUGGCUACGUGGUCCUGGUAUAUCAUAUGAAAAUGAAUACAAAGAAUUAUGUGGUGAUGCAUCAAUUGAAAGACGUAAAAAAAAUUCAAAAAUUAAACUUAAAACAGCAUUGCUCCUACCAAAUGUAUGGAAACCAUUUUUAAUAUUAAUAAUUUUUUUUGGUCUUCAACAAUUAUCUGGUAUAUAUAUUAUAUUAUUUUAUGCUGUUAAUGUACUUAAAGAAUUUGGUGCAGAUAUUGAUGGAUAUAUUGGUAGUAUUGCUAUUGGUCUUGUUAGACUUGUUGCAUCAAUUAUUAAUGCAUUUCUUGCUGGUCAUUUUGGUAGACGUCCAUUGGCAUGUACAAGUGCAAUUGGUAUGACAAUAUCAUCAAUACUUGUAUUAUUAAUGAAAUAUAAUAAUUAUUUUUUAUUUAUACCAAAAACAUUACCAAUUAUUUGUAUUGGUUGUCAUGUUGCAUUUUCAAUGAUUAGAUUUUUAACAUUACCAUGGGUAUUAUCAUCUGAAUUAUAUUUAUUGAGAUUUCGUGGUUCUCUUGGUCGUCUUACAACUGAUAGAAAACUAAAAUUCAUUGUGAAUUGCUUCGGACGUCUAUAUAUUUGAGUCUUUUUGCUUGAACAAAGCUGAAAUUCUUGUACAUAAUGUCUCGUGUAACUAAAUCAGUGUUGGGUGUUACCCGUAAGCUGAUCAAGAGUGAUGGAAAACUGCAAACUCAAUUGUUGCCCAACAAUGGAAUGAUGAAUUCAAUGUGUCGACAACUCGGCACAAGCGGAUUGAAAGGUACACGCUUCAUCAGCUGCCGAGCUACUCUCAAAUUGUGGCUUAACAAGAAGACCACAAGAAAGACAUUUAAGUCUACUUUUGAAGAGAAUACACCAGCACAAAACAUACUCAAUUUUGACAAAAAAACACAAUACUCUGAUGAUCUGUUGAAAUAUUUACGUAUUGUAGCAGUGUUUCUAACUAUUGUCGGUGCUUUAACAGCUUACGAAUGGGCAAUAAGUGAACAUAUUAAAAUUUUUUAUGGGAUGCUAAAAAAGUUGGAAUACAUUAAAAAACUUCAUGAUGAAAAAACAUCAGCAGAAGAUAAAAAGACAUAAAAAAAAUAUUUAUGAUCUUUAUAAAAAAAUAAAAAAAUCAUGCACAAAUCCACAUAUGAAAAAUCAAAUAGAUAUAUUAAAAAAAACAUCAAUUAAUCAUGUUUUUAAAAACUUGAUGUUAUGAAUAUUUUUUUUGCAUAAUAAUAUUGGAGUAUUUAUAUUAUAUUAAUAUUUAUUUACAAAAAAGUGUUGAUUAAGUUAUUAUGAUGUUUAUAAAAAAAAUAAUCAAGAAGUAAAAUUUAAUUAAUAAUAAUGUAAUGUGUACAAUGUAACCGGUAAAUGUAUAUACACAUUACACACACACACGUAUUUACUAUUUACACACUAAAAACGUCACAGUCAUUAUUUAUUUACAUAUGAGAAUAAACAAAUAAACAAAUGAAGGAAAAAACAAAUAAAUAAAACAUGUAUUUUUAAAAAUGAAAUUAUGAAAAUUACUUACAACAAUUUAAGAAUAAAGUAAAAUUUUGUAUCAAUAAAAUUUAUUUUAUUAUUCGUAA